UGUGUGAACUGUGCAGGUGUUGCAUCCAGGAUUAGUUUUUGACAGGCUAUAUAAAUGGUAAAGAACAAGCUUUCUCAGCCAUAACGACCAGACUGCACAAUGAUCAAGACUCUAAUACUCUCAGCACUGCUGAGCUCCACAGCGGCCAUGGGGGUUGGAGGCCUGUGGAGGGGAGGGAGUGUAAGGAAUGAGACAGGAGGAGGGGAGAAGUGCACCUGUGAUGCCUUCCUGCCCAGUUCUACUUUUCCUGUUGCCGAUUUGGAGGUGGUGGAGCAGACAGCAGAUGAAAUCUCACAUAUGCUGGAGCUGGAGAUGGGAAAGAUUGAAGAAUUUGAAAUCAAGAUUACAGAGUAUGCAGAAAAAAUUGAAAAGCUGACAUUAGAAGUUGAUACUAUGGAGAAAAAUCCAGAUGACUACAAAGAAGCUGACUUUGAAGAGAUAAACGUGCAGAUCAAACAGGUGGAGGCUCUGGUUUUAGAGCUGCAGCUCUCAGUCAAUGCUUCGAUUGUUGUCUUUGAAUCCCUGCAUGUACAGAUCAGCGUAAUGGUGGAAACCCUGAACAGACUGGAGAAGAUCCAUGAUAAGAAUUUAGUUCUUUCAACUCGCAGAGAGUAUAUAAAGCUACAAGUUGAGCUUGAGGAGUGUGAGAGACGCCACCAGGAGCUGUUUAACCCCGACAUCGGCUCAUGUGCUCACUCUGGUAUAAUCAGGGUCAGCAAGCCUUUGGUGAGCCAACUGAAUGCCCACCUAAGUAGCGGCUACUAUUAUGGAGGCUGGGGGAAAGAUUCAAAGCCUAUUCCUGAAAGAGAGUCCAUGUACUGGUACUCGGGUUACUCCUCCACUACGAUGGUGGACAUCAGAUUCUACACUGACUACAAAAACUUAAUUCUGAGAACGCCUUUUCUACAUCACUCCUUACCCAGUGGUUGGUAUGGUUCAGGAAACAACUUUAUAGUCCGUGAUAACACCCUAUAUUAUCAGAUAAACAACCCGUUCGCCAUUGCAAAACUAAACUUCACCACAGUUAAAUAUGAGUACAGGGUGGUUGCUAAGGCCUCCCCCAAGUUCUCCUACUCCAGCUCCCCUAAUCAGAACUUUGACUUUGCAGCAGAUGAAGCAGGCCUGUGGGUGACCUAUGCUACAGAAGAAUCUGGGGGUCGGAUAAUCAUUGCUAAAAUAAAUGAGGCUUCCUUUGGGAUUGAGGAGGAAUGGCAGACCAGUGUUUAUAAACCAAGUGUUACUAAUGCCUUCAUGAUUUGUGGUGUUUUUUAUGCAGUCAGAACAAUAGACACCCUAACAGAAGAGAUAUUUUACAAAUAUAACACUAACACUAAGCAGGAGGAGUACAUCAGUAUUCUCUUUGAGAGGUUUCGGGAUAAAUACUACAAUCUGGAUUAUAAUCCCACUGAUCAGAAGCUCUACAUGUACAAUGAUGGUUACUAUGUGAGCUACCAUCUCUGGUUUAACCACACAGUUCAGGCUACAGUUCAACCACCAGUUUUACUGGUCACCUAGAUAAUUUUCUGUUAUUGAAAGAGCUAUUUGAGACAAAUGAUUAAUGAGUUUCUUUUUCUUCCUUUCACUAUCUCUCUUCCUGACCUUUAAUAAAUGAUUUGAAGCAUCCUAAA